CAAAAGACAACAAUAACAAAUUUUAAAGUCUGACAGGUGGCUUGAAACUUUGAUAUGUUCAAAACUGAAUGCAUACACAAUUUUUGCAAAAUUUUGAUGAUUAGAAUGUGCUCAUGAUAAAAUAGAUACAUUAUGGAUGCACAAGGGAACUGGAAAGAAUUAGCAGCACAGAAAGAAAGGGAAUGGAAAGAAGUAACAGAAUUAAGGAUUCAAACAUUGGAAGCAGCACUGAGUGGAAAAGAAAAAGAUUUGCAAGAGGAGAAAGCUAAAUUUUCUAAACUGAAAGAAGACUUUAAGUACAAUCUUAAAGUUUUGGAGGAGCGAGAUCAAGAAUUGGAGAGAUACGAUGUUACUUUUUCAGAACUGAAGGCACAGUUAAAUGUGAAAACUGCCGAGAUCAGUGAAUUGAAAAUUCAGCUAGAUGAUGCUAAAUCCUCAACAAAGAGAGAAGUUUUGGCCCAAGAAGAUCUUCAAAAACAUUAUCAACAUAGAAUUAAAGAGAAACAAGCAGAAAUUGAUUCCUUUAAAUGCUCAAAAGAUUCAGAAAUUAAUCAAGAGAGGAAAGAAUUUGAGAUGUUUAAGAGAAACUUACAGCGACAGCUGAAGCAGGUUGAGGAUGACCUGGAUACACAAAAAAGAGAACUGACUAUAAAUUUUGAAGAUGCCCUGAAAAAAAGGGAGCAUGAAUUUAGACUGCAGAAAGAUGAAAUGAGUGCCAAAGUCCUUGAAUAUGAGUUAAAGGCAAAGCUUUUAGCCAAAGAGUUGGAAAUAAUGAGAACCAGCCAAACGAAGGAGAGUGAGCAGUAUAAUAUGGUGGAGAGCAGUCACAGGGACCUGGAGAAAAAGCUAAAGGAGAAGGAGUGGGAGCUGGCAGAUGUUACCUCCAUGAAGGAUGCAAGAAUUUCAGAAUUAGAGAUCCAAGCACAGCAACUUGAAACCAUGAUGAAUCGGAUGAAAGAAGACUUCCAAAGAAAGCAUGCAGAGUUAGACAAACUGGCACGUGAAAAAGAAACAGCUUUGACAAAGAUCAAGGAGGGAUACACAGAAAGAGAGCAGUCUUUGCAGAGCAAUAUCAGAGAACUACAGGGUAAACUUGAGGAAAGCCAGGUGGAGAUGCGGAAACUAGAGUGGAACAAAUCUGAUCUGGAAAAAGAAAAAGAUCUACAAAUUGAAAAAUUACAAGAGGAGCUAUACCAACAAAAGGAGAGAUGGGAGAAACAGAUUGUGGAUGUUUCUAGAAGUCAGGUCAGUAAAGAUGUGGAACUCCAGCGAUUGAGGGAGAAUGAAGAAAAACUAAAGUCAGAACUUCUACAAAGGAAACAGGAUAUUGAAAGAUACAAGAAGGACCUGUCUCUGGCUGUGGAGAGAGAGAGGUCCAUGGAGCGGAGCCGGACUCAGCUGGAGCUGGACUGGCAGAGGCGAUACGAGGAGAAGGAGUCCAAUCAGUACGAAAAGUCCGAGGACCUGAUCAAGAAACUCGUCAAAAGCAGGGAUGAGGCUCUAGCAACUGUCAAGGAGAGGGACCGAGACAUUCUACAGAGAGAAGCCUUGAUCAGAGCCUUACACAGGGAGAGGGAACAGGCCCUAGCCACACUAAAAAAACACGGCCUCCCUGUCAACAAGAAUAUCAAUGUUGAUAUAGACAAAGUAUGGAAGUUUGCAGAUCCAGAGGAAAUUCUUUCUCUAAAGGAGCAAAAUGAGAGUCUCAAGUCAGUAAUCAAAGAAAUGCGAACUCAGAUGGAAAUUCUAGGACAAGAGUUGCCUCCCCCUGAGAAAAAUGCAGAACCAUCCUCAACAGCUGGAGAGUAUGUGCAGAGUUUAGAAAAUGAGGCCAGGGCACUGCGAAAAAGAAAUCGUGAACUUGAGCAUGAUAUGGAUACGUACAGGAAGUACGGGAGAGCACCACCUGUCGCUCCAUCUAAUAAAGAACAGGAAGAGGAAGUUCAGGAAGAGGUUAAGGACAACUCGGCUGUUCGCUCUCAUAUACAGUCUCUUAAUGAUCAGAUUGGUGCACUGAGGUCAGAAAAAAUUGAAAUGACAGCUCAACUAAAGAAACAGCAGGCCAGAAUUCAGUACUUGGAGGGUAUGGUGGAAAAACUUAACAAAGAGCCAAGGCAGAAACAAGUUGAAAUUGACCAGUUGAAAUAUGAGUUGAAUGCCCAGAGGAGGAGGGACCAAUCAGAAAUUGGGGCUCUGAACCAGAGAGUGGGUGAAUUGGAAAUUCAACUGGUGGAAGCUCGUAAAGAAGCGGAUGAAUAUUACAAAGCUACACUAGAAAGAAACAUGGAGGUCACCUCUCUACAUCAACAGAUAUCAAGUUUGAAAGUAGAACUUGCAGAAAAAAGACCAGAACUCAAUUUUGGAGCACAGGAGUUAGUCAUACAGCAGUUACAGGAUGAAAUUCUGAACUUGAGAAAAGGAGCCACCAAUGCCCUAACAGCAGACAUUGCUGCCACAAACAACAGUUCUCCUGUACAAGAGCUGAAGAGUAAGCUGAAGCUAGCUGCUAAACACAUCGCUCAGCUAGCCAAAGAACGACAACAGCUGAUAGAGAUGGGAAACAAGCUACGGGCAGAGCUCAACAAAGCAGGGAUUAAACCGCCAGCAGCCUUACAAGAUAAACCAGAGCCUGUGUUCAGUGCAGAGAAAAUGAACAACACUGAGCUGUCUCAGCACCUAUCUCAGCAGUUCCUCAGCAAGCUCAACCAGCUAGAAAAACUGCAAUAUGAGCUCACAAAACAGCAAUUACAGUAUGCUCAGAAGUUUCCUGAGCCACAGAAUCUAAACACCAACAACUCUACUGGAUCUGACCAAGAAUACCGACCGCCCCCAAUCCUGAAGAGGACAUCCAAUAUUGGUACCAAUAGAGAUCAACCCUUUAACAGUGUAAGAGAAAGUCAGGACACCUUCAAUGACACUCGGAGAUCCAUCAGUCCUGUACGAUUCAGCAGAGAGGGGCCUUUAAUCAGAAGUCUGGAUGACAGGGAGCAGUUCUUUAGUUCAGAUCUAGACGACAGGGACCAGUUAUUAGUCACAAUGUCCUCAGCAGGAGGGGAAUCAUUGGAGGAAGUUUGGAGGAUGUUGGAUCGCCCCACACCAAGUCCAUUUACCACACCUAGAUACUCAGGGAAAACAGACAAAUCUAGGAAGAGCUCUUCGGAAGAAUCAUCCAAUGAAAUUAAAGUAAAAGGAAAGCAACCCACAAUGCAUCAGAGGAGUAAACCAGAAUCGAAAACCUCUUCCAUAAAAUCACCCAAAACAUCUCGCAAAGGACCUCAAAAAUCUAAAUUUCGAAACUACAACAAAAGAGAUGAUGACGAUGGGUAACCAGCUGUGAUAUUAUUUUUAUCAUUAGUUGUUAUUUUUAUUUACUCUGUUUAUUUUAGUACAAAAAUAUGAAAUAAAUAUACUUUUACUCAUUUAGAAA